AAUAAGUCGAUGUGUUUAUCAGUAGUUGGUGCAAUGUUGAAACACUACUUAAACCUGAAAUAAUUUUUGCAAAUGGAACUUCACACGAGGAUUCACACAGGAGAGAAGCCGUUUAUAUGUGGUCAGUGUGAAAAGAGAUUCUCAAACAAAAAAAGUCUUCACCUUCACUUGAGGAUGCACACUGGAGAGAAGCUGUGCACAUGUGAUCAAUGUGGGAAGAGUUUCAGACAAACGUCAUGCCUUAAAGAACACAUGAGAAUCCACACUGGAGUGAGGCCAUUCACAUGUGAUCAGUGUGGGAAGAGUUUCAUACACAAAUCAAGUCUUAAAGAACACAUUAGGGUUCACACCGAAGAGAAGCCAUUCAUGUGUGAUCACUGUGAAAAGAGAUUCAAGAGCAAACGCAGUCUUGUCAUUCACAUGAGAGCUCACACGGGAGAGAAGCAGUUUGUGUGUGAUCGGUGUGAAAAGAGAUUCUCAAACAAAAAAAAAAUUGAGUUUCAUUUGAGGAUCCACACUGGAGAGAAGCCAUUCACAUGUGAUCAGUGUGGGAAGAGUUUCACACAAUCAGAAUACCUUAAAGUUCACAUGAGGAUCCACACCGGAGAGAAGCCAUUCAUAUGUGGUCAGUGUGAAAAGGGUUUCACACAAUUAUCAAACCUUAAAGUUCACAUGAGGAUCCACACCGGAGAAAAGCCAUUCAGGUGUGAUCAGUGUGGAAAAACAUUUCUUGCGGCAUCAGGCCUGAAGACGCACCUGAAAGUUCAUACAAAGGAGAAGCCACAUUCAUGUUCUGUAUGUGGAAAGAGUUUUUCACUACUACAACAUUUAAAAGUACAUCAGAAAAUACAUACUGGUGUGAGAGAUCAUAUGUGCUUUGAGUGUGAUAAGACUUUUAUUUCAGCAAACCUUUUAAAACGUCACCAGACAAUUCACACUAGAGAAAAACUUCACAAGUGUUCACACUGUGACAAGACAUUCAGUCAGACAACAAAUCUGAAAACACAUGAGAGGAUCCACAGCAGAGAGAAGCUGCACACGUGUGAUCAGUGCGGAAAGAGUUUCGCUAUUAAAAGUCACCUGACCCUACACAUGAGGAUCCAUGCAGCGGAUGAACCAGAUCGUCGCAGUCUGAAAUCACGUUAAGUAGUUCAUCUUUAUGUGCAACAAAGUCUCAUAUGUGUAAGUUAUUUACAGCCAAAUCACCCUGUAGUGGAAUUUCCCUGUUAAAACUGGACUGCUGCUGGAAGCGGUGUUAGUGAGGCCAGCAGGGGGCGCUGCUCACCUUGUGGCCUGUGCCUGUGUGAGUCUUAAUGGAUUGUGGCUAGAAGGGAUAUCGGAAAUGAACAAUGAAAUUAAUUUUCUACCUAUUAUAUUGUGUUUUAUUAAGGUAUACACCCACCCCAACCCUAAACCUACCCCUUACAAUAAUGAAAAAAUAGUAAUUGUUGUUCAGUGUGACAAAAAUUAUGCUAUAUUGAUGUGCGCAUGCCCAGUUGCGCCAUACGUAUCCCUUUUAGCCUUAACCGUCUUAAUGCCCCAAUGUAGUGUAACAGACACCAUCCUUCAGAUGAAAUGUUAUACCGAGGCCCUGACUCUUCUGUGGUCAGUUAAAAUCCCAUGGCACUCCUCGUGAAGAGUGGGACUGUAAUCCAGGUGUCCUGGACAAAUUCCUUCCAUUGGCCUUCAUCAGUCAUGGCCUU